GAACGGAAACAAAUUAAAAUAAAAAAAGCAAAUCGUGACCCGUCUCUUUCACAUUCUCUCCUCAAAAAAAGUCGAAUCCAAACACAAAACCUGUCCGAGAAUGGUUAACCGGAGUCAGCAGAGCCUCUUCCUCAUCGGAUCUCCCGACGAGAUCGAUAAGAUCAAACGAGCCGAAACCUCCCAGCAAGCCGGAGCAAUCGCCGGAGCUAAAGCAGCCGCCGUUGCCGCCGUGGCUAGUGCGAUUCCAACGUUGGCUGCGGUUCGUGUGUUCCCAUGGGCUAAGGCUAACCUCAACUACACUGCUCAGGCUCUCAUUGUAUCUUCAGCGUCCAUCGCUGCCUUCUUCAUAACUGCGGAUAAAACUAUUCUACAAGGUGCAAGGAGGAACACUGAGGCUCAGCUUAAGAAAGCUCAGCAAGAAUCUAAAUGAUUUGGUAUCUCAAUGUAAUUCACAUCAGUGUCACACUUCUUUCUGCGUCUAUGUAUGCAUUUUGCUUUGAUUCAAAAUAAGAGUUUAUAACAAGUUUAUAAAAACCAUUUUCAUUCA